AUGGCGCUCUUCGUGGAACCCGAAUUCUUCAGCGUCCAGAAACUAAUAGAUGACCGAGAUAUAGAUUUUGUACUAUCCAAAAGCAAGGACCAAUUUAAAGGUGAGCUGUGUGAGUCGGUAACGUCCUCCCGAGAGCCAGACAAAGCUGGGCUGGCGGAAGGUCAAAGGAAAAGAAAGAGAACCAUCUUCAGUCGAGCGCAAUUAUCAGAGCUGGAGAGAGCCUUUGCAGUGACACCAUACCCGGACAUAACACUGCGGGAGAGGCUGGCAGCGCUCACACAUUUACCUGAGAGCAAGAUACAGGUGUGGUUCCAGAACCGACGAGCUCGGAGCAUAAAGAGCGGGAGACUGAGCCGGCCCGUGAAGAGGAGUCCAGGAAAAGAGGAGGCCACCGCCUGCUUCCCCCCUCCAGGCCUCCCCUCCCUCUGCCCCACGUUCGUCCCUGCAAAAAUGGGGGCGCUGGGUGGCCCGGAGCAGUACCAGCCUGAGGGCCGGAGGCAGACCUACUCAGACUGGGCAAGGCAGUACAGCGGAGGGGUUUCCCAACUUGCUCCGUCCCCCACGCCAGCCUCUCCCGACCUUCCCGAGUCGCUGCUCUGGGAGGACGCCCGCCGCCCCCGUGCUCCUCUAUUGGCCGCUGCCAGACAGGUCCGGCCCACCCAGCAGCGGUGGGAGGAGAUUAGCCAGCUGUGUGCAGCCUCCCCAGGGUACAGGCACCCCCGGCCCCAGCCUCACUCGGCCCCUCAGGGCCGGUACGGCUGCCCCUCCAUAGACCAGGUGGUUCCCACCCACCCGCAGCAGAUGUACUGGGAUAUCCCCCACGGACAGGACCACGCCAUGGCCGGACCCCAGACUUCGCUUGGGUACAUCUCCGACCUGAUCUACAACGCUGCCGUUGUCACUAACCUGCUCGAUUUCUGA